GAAUUUUCCGGAAAAAUAAAAGUACAAACAAAAUAUUUGGGUGUGCAAAAUUUUCAAGUAAAAUUAAUCAAAAUUUCCUAGGCCGGUGGAAAUUGGAAUGUGAGUUUCUAUUCAAACUGUAAAGAAGCAUGUUGAAGUGAAUAUUUUGGAAACACAUACGCGCUUCGAGCAAAAAUGAUAAAAAAAAACCCAGCGGGCAUAAAUAAAAACGAAGAAGAAUUUACGAAUGACUUGUGCGUGUAGUUUCAAAAAAUUCCAUUUGCUUAAAUUUUCAUUGUUUAUAUGAAAUGAUGGCUUAAAUUUUCAGUAGAGAAAUGAAAACUGCGAAAGCAAAAGAGUGAAAAAUAAUUAAAAACAACGGAAAGAAUUGAUUAUUGUUAGUUGUAAUAAAAUUAAAUCAACUUAAUUGCAAGCAAAAAAAAAAAAAAUAUCUGCUUCACUCAAAAGAAGUGAUUGUGUGAUAUCCAAACAAAGAAAAACUAGCUACAUCAUAGACUCCACAAAGCGAAAAAUUGACGAAGAGAACAAAAAAAAAAUUAACUAGAACAAAAAAAUCGCCGGUUGACAGUUCGUUUACGCAUGCAGUUUCCUUGUAAUAGAAUUAAAGAUAAAAAGCUAAAUAUUCUUCAUAAUAUAAUCAACAGCCGAGCGUCAUUACGCAUUAAAUUCGCUUUAUAAAAAUAAAAAAAAAAUUAUCCUAAUUACUGUUAUAUUAUCUAAUUUUUAUAUAAAUUAAUAAUGUGUAACAGUUCCUUUUUUUGAUAACAUACUAAAGCUUUAUACAAAUUCUUCGUGCAUGCUUCCGGAAUUGUUGCUACGCGUACAUUUAUUCGUUGAUGACUUACUGAAAUCAAAGAACGAACUUAUACAGAUUGUCACCGAUUUUACAUUAUUCUCCUUCGAUCAUCUACAUCUGAUAAAACUCAUAGCUAAAAUGUCGACGGCAUUUCUUACCGCCAUAGCGGUCAUAAUGUGCAUCCUGUUUCGUAUACUAAACGUUAACAGUCAGCCGCUAAAACCAAGCGUUUGGUGUUUGGAUCAACAGUUUCUGGAUUGUAUUUAUAAAAUUGCACCAGUACUAAGAGAACCUUAUGUUCCCACGCGCUUAUGGGGUUUUAGUGGUCACGUACAAACGGUGCUGCAUAGCAUAGUAGGCCGUGUGAAAUGUCCUUGGCCAUUGGGCGAACGUGUCUAUCUAUUGCUACAGGAUGGCUCUACACUCACCUAUGAUCUCUAUCAACCGAUAAAUGAAGCUGAAGAUGAUGUCACCAUCGCUAUAUGUCCAGGUAUUGGCAAUACCUCGGAGAGUGUGUAUAUACGCACAUUCGUACACUAUUCACAAAUGCAUGGCUACAGAUGUGCCGUACUUAACCACAUCGGUGCACUGAAUAGUGUACAAGUCACAUCGACGCGCAUCUUCAGUUAUGGUCACACGGAUGACUUUUCGGAUAUGGUUAACAAUUUACAUAAGAAAUAUCCAAAUAGUCGCAUUGUGGCUGUCGGUUUCAGUUUAGGUGGCAAUCUUGUGACUAAAUAUAUGGGAGAAUCAGCAAAGUCAAAACCGAACACCAUACUUGGUGGCAUAUCGAUUUGUCAGGGGUACAACGCAGAGGAAGGUACGAAGUGGCUUUUGAAUUGGCAAAAUUUCCGCCGCUUCUAUCUGUAUGUGAUGACGGAAAAUGUGAAGAGUAUCAUACUUAAACAUCGUCAUGUAUUGCUGUCGGACGAGGUGAAAGCACGUCACAAUCUAAACGAACGUGAGAUUAUCGCUGCCGCUACACUGCCAGAAUUAGAUGAGGCUUAUACACGUCGUGUGCACAAUUUCUCCACCACACAGGAGCUAUAUAAGUGGAGUUCAUCACUGCACUUUUUGGACAAUAUCGACAAACCAAUGAUUUUCAUUAAUGCUAAAGAUGAUCCACUAGUGCCGGAGGAGCUUCUGCCACCUAUUAAAGAAUUCGCAUCGUCUCGCCCCAAUGUGGCAUACAUUGAAUUGGCUCAUGGUGGACAUUUGGGAUUCUAUGAAGGCGGCUUAAUCUACCCUAACCCAGUUACAUGGCUAGAUCGCACUGUAGUCGCCAUGGUAGGCUCCAUAGUAAUGCUACAUAUGGAUGCUGUGUCCAGUGCACAAAAAGUUGGUUAUGAAUAGGUGAAACAACACGCUUCACACGCAAAAACAUGUGGAAAUCGCACUUAAAUUAACAUACGCGAUGAUAAUGCGAAUGAGGAAAGGUCGCAGUACAAUUAAGUUCUCUAAGCAUAUACUUAUGUACGUAGGAAAAAUGCACAAACCAUGAACAUUUCCUUUGAUAAAUUUUGUAAAAUUGAAAUGUUUACUUUUGUUGAAUUUUUAAUUCGUAUUUGUUCAUGCAAAUAUCACAUUUGCAUUCGCAAAAAAAAUGAAAAAUAAUAAAACAAUAUGUUGUUUUCUGCA